AUGCUUAUGCCGUUUUUCAACGACGUCGUCGGUAUUUUAGGAGCGUUAGGGUUUUGGCCUUUGACGGUUUAUUUUCCGGUGGAGAUGUAUAUAAAACAAAGGAAGGUUGAGAGAUGGACUUUUGGAGAUGCAGCACCGGGAAACCUUUUAACCGGUUUUGGUUUCUACAAUCCGUUUUGGCUUCUCGACGUGGCCAACGCUGCCAUUGUAGUCCACCUCGUAGGAGCUUACCAAGUCUUUGCUCAGCCCAUUUUCGCCUUUAUUGAAAAACAAGCUGCGGCUAGGUUUCCCGACAGUGACUUGGUAACCAAGGAACACGAAAUCCGAAUCCCCGGUUUGAAAUCACCGUACAAGGUCAACGUUUUCAGAACGGUUUAUCGGAGCGGGUUUGUGGUUUUGACCACCGUGAUAUCGAUGCUUAUGCCGUUUUUCAACGACGUCGUCGGUAUUUUAGGAGCGUUAGGGUUUUGGCCUUUGACGGUUUAUUUUCCGGUGGAGAUGUAUAUAAAACAAAGGAAGGUUGAGAGAUGGAGUAUGAAGUGGGUUUGUUUGCAGAUGUUGAGCGCUGGUUGUUUGAUGGUCACGUUGGUCGCAGGAGUUGGUUCCAUCGCCGGAGUAAUGCUUGACCUUAAGGUUUACAAGCCGUUCAAGUCUACUUAUUAA